CAUCAGAAAACAGAGCUGUUCUCAGCUUGCUCUGAUUAUCCCACUGGAUAAGGCAAGAGGAGCUGCUCUGGGCCCAUGAGCUCUUGAGGUUGUUACUGGUUGACUGCUUUGGUUCUCUCUCCUCUUCAACAGGAACAUGCCCAAGAAAGGAGGGAGGCAUGCUGACACGGGAAAAGAUGGGCCUUCACAGUGUAAACGACCAAAGGUGGAAGCAUCUUGUUCUCCAUCAGCCAUGAGUUUUGAGAACCCAGACAGCCUCUUUGAAAGCUUGAUCUCUCCCAUCAAACAAGAGGUGUUUUUCAGGGAGUACUGGGAGCAAAAGCCAUUGCUUGUUCAGAGGAACAAUCCCCUGCUGGCUGCCUACUACCAGUCCCUGUUCCAGUUGUCGGAUCUGAAGGAACUGUGUGGCCGGGGUCUGUACUAUGGGCGGGAUCUAAAUAUCUGCAGAUGUGUGAAUGGAAAAAAGAAAGUUUUAAAUAAAGAAGGCAAAGUGAACUACAUGCAGCUGAAGAAGGAUUUUGAACAGAAAAAGGCAACGAUACAGUUUCAUCAGCCUCAGAGAUUUAAGGAGGAGCUAUGGAAGAUUCAGGAGAAGCUGGAGUGCUACUUCGGGUCUCUGGUUGGAUCCAAUGUUUACAUGACUCCCCAGGGGUCCCAGGGCCUUCCCCCUCACUACGAUGAUGUUGAGGUGUUUAUCCUUCAGCUGGAAGGCGAGAAACACUGGCGGCUCUAUAAACCAACGGUGCAUUUAGCUCGGGAAUAUAGCGUUGAAUCAGAAGACAGGAUUGGGAAUCCCACGCAUGAAUUCAUAUUAAAGCCAGGUGACUUGCUGUACUUCCCAAGAGGGACUAUUCACCAAGCUGACACUCCUCCUGGGAUCCCCUAUUCUACACAUGUGACCAUCAGUACCUACCAAAACAACUCCUGGGGAGAUUUCUUACUGGAUGCAAUUCCUGGCCUAGUGUUUGAUGCAGCAAAAGAAGAUGUGGCACUGCGGACAAGCAUACCAAGGAAGCUGCUUAUGGUGGAUGUAACUGACUCAACAAAAAAGCUGAGCAGCCUUUUGAGGCGGCUUGCAGACCAUCUGGAAAACACCAGAGAACUAAGGUCAUCUGACAUGAAGAAGGAUUUCAUUAUGAACCGGCUGCCACCUUGCUUGGGAUGCAACUCUGAUGCUUUGACUCCAGGUGGGAAACUUCCAAAAAUUGAUAGCAAAAUCCGACUGCAGUUCAGAGAUCAUGCAAUCAUCACAGUGGAACCAGACCAAGAGAACUCUGAUGAAAUUUGCAGAGAGAUGGUUUACGUGUAUCAUUCUUUAAAGAACAAAAGAGAAACUCACAUGAUGGGGACCGAAGAGGAUACACCCAGUGAGGAAGGCACACCCCAGCAGACCCAUGGACUGCGGUUUCCUUUGACAUACUUGGAUGCACUGAAGCAGAUUUGGUGUAGCAGCACCGUUAGUGUUAAAGAGCUAAACCUGGCUUCAGAUGAAGAGAAGGAAAACCUUGCCUUGUCACUAUGGACUGAAUGUCUAAUUGAAGUUAUUUGAUGCUUUUAUGAAAAGCUGCUACUGCAGAUAGUACUUCUAGCCAUUAAGAAUCUCUCCUGAUUCUUGUUAUUAAAUACCUUUUUAUAUAUCCA